AUGGAAAAUUGCUAUUGGUCUGAAGAACAUCAAUAUUCCUCUUGGAAUCAAAGCCAAAGUGAACUGAAAAGUGAUAAUUCUUUUCAGGUUCCAUGGUUUCCUCCAAAUCCUCCUCCUCCUCCUCCUGGUGAGGUGGCGGCAUCUGAGAAGGGUCUCCAGUUUCAUUGUUAUCCCUCCUCGGUCUUGCCGCCUUGGGCAGCCUCCUUUGAAGGGGUGGCAGAAGAUAGAGGUGGCAGUGCUUCUAGGAGCCACAGUGAGGCUGAGAAAAGGCGCAGAGACAGAAUUAAUGGACAGCUCGCAACUCUCAGAAAACUGAUCCCAAAGUCUGAAAAGAUGGACAAGGCAGCUCUAUUAGGACAAGUAGUAGAGCAUGUGAAGGAUCUAAGGCAAAAGGCAAAAGAAAUCAGCAAAAUCUCCACAAUUCCAACUGAUAUAGAUGAAGUCACAAUUGAUCACUUGGACCUAGAAGAAUCGAGCAUGGAGAAUAAUAUAUACAUAAAGGCUUCUGUUUGCUGCGACGAUAGGCCGGAUUUAUUUGCAGAGCUGAAUUGUGCCCUCAAGGGCCUUAGACUCACCAUUCUUGAAGCUGAUAUAACAAGUUUAGGUGGCAGAAUGAAAGCCAUUUUUGCUCUUUGUGCCAAAAAUGGAAUGGAAGAAAAUUCUUGCUUUAGCACUAUCAAGCAGUCACUUUAUAUCGUAUUGAACCGUGUUGCUAUGUCUUCUGCUACAUCAAAUUAUCGGGCGAGGAGCAAGAGGCAGAGGUUCUUUUAUCCUUCUCAUUAA